CAGGCGGUGUAUGUCUCGUGCUGUGCCUUUAUUUCACGAUAACGCAGUCGAUAGUUUACCAGUGCAACUGAAAUGGGAUUGAGUUACAUGGGCAGAGGACAACCCUAACCCUAGGUCAGACAACAGAGAAGAAUGAGCAUGAACUAUCCACGGACCUCCAAACAUCCUGCAUUUUUUAAAGCUGGGCCAGCCUGACUCCAAGGUAUCCAGUUUGCAGUGGACUAAUAUCCAGAUCCCACAAUGGCCGCAUCCCUGAGGCAAGUGCUGAGGAACACUCUGGACAACCUCACAGGGGGCGAUUUUAAGAGGUUGAAGCACUACCUACGGGACCAGGGCCAAAUCGCAUGGGGAAAGCUGGAGAAGGCCGACACAGAUGACACUGUGGACUUGAUGGUGCAGGUGUACAGCACUGGAGCUGGGGACGUAAUGCUGUCCAUCUUGAAGAAGAUGAACCACAACCAGUUGGCCAAGGACUUGGAGAGAGAUCUGGGAAAAUUGGGAGGCCAGCAGUACUCCCCAGUACUGGUCGGAGAGGGUGGAGGGGUCAACGUGAACGCCACAGCUCACUCUGCAGGGAAUAUCAAAAGGCCUCGAGAGAAAGACUCCUGUGAGCGCAAACUACAGAGGAAAAGGAGGAACUCUUCUUUGAGGCAGGAUCUUCGGUCAGUGUUGAAGGAGAGAUUUUGUCGUGUGCAUGGCAAGACAGUAUGCAAUUUACAGGACACCUACACAGAUCUGUAUGUUGUCGAAGGUCGUAACGGAUGGGUGAACAAUUUGCAUGAGGUGAUACGUAUCGAGAGUAGCCCACAUAGCAGUGAAGAGCAGUCAGUAACUUUAGCGAACUUGUUCCAAAAAAGCAACCAUGAAAGCAAGCCUGUCUCAAAAGUCUUGACUUUGGGAAUUGCUGGCGUGGGGAAAUCCAUUGCUGUGCAGAAGUUUGUCAUGGACUGGGUCGAGGGGGAAGCAAACCAGGACAUAGAUCUAAUUUUUGUCCUUCUAUUCCGUGAGCUGAACAUGCGGAAAGAGCAUAGCAUGAGGGAAGAUUUAAAAUGCAGUCUUCUUGAUCUUCUCCUGUUAUAUCACCCUGGGCUCAAUGAACUGGGAAAUGCGUCCGAAUUCAAAAAAGGCAAAAUUCUAUUUAUCUUCGAUGGUUUGGAUGAAAGCAAUCUCCUUUUAGACUUUGACAGGUGUAACGUCUCGGAACCAACAGCGAAGUCGUCAGUAGAUAUGGUCAUUUCAAGUCUUCUUCAAGGUGUGCUACUACCUUCUGCUCUCAUCUGGAUUACAACCAGACCGGCGGCUGCCAAUCUGAUCCGUCACUUCCACCUCGAGACAGAGAUCCGAGGCUUCAGUGACCCCAAGAAAGAUGAGUAUUUUCUCAAGGUCGUUAAAGACAAGGAGAGAGCCAAUCAAAUCAUUGCUCACGUCAAGUCAAAGCGAAGCCUCCACAUCAUGUGUCACAUUCCAGUCUUCUGCAGCAUCACAGCCAGCGUACUCGGACAAAUGCUAGACUCCGACAACAAGGAGAGACUGCCCCAAACGUUGACCGAAAUGUACGCCUUUUAUGUUGCCUUCCAGAUGAAGCAAAUAAAUGUUAAGUAUACAAAGAACAAGGAGGAACUGAGUCAGGAGGGCAAACAGGGGUUGCUCAUUAAACUGGGAAAACUGGCAUUCAAUCAUCUGGCGGAGAGUAAACUGAAUUUCUAUGAGCAGGACCUGAGAGCUUGUGAAAUUGAUGUCACAAAGGCCUCCCUGCACUCCGGGUUGUGCACUCAGAUCUUCAAUGUAGACAGUUACUGUACCGGCCAGAACAUCUACAGCUUCGUGCACCUCAGCGUGCAGGAGUUUCUCGCCGCUCUGUAUGUCCUGCACACUCACACCGUCACGAGAGAAAAUCCCCUCAUCAAAAAUUCUUGGGAGAAGAUCAGAUGGAUGCUCUGGAACUCACGGUUUGACCUUCACAAGGUCGCAGUGGACAAGGCGCUGCAGAGUGAGAAGGGACAUCUGGACCUUUUCCUGCGCUUUCUGCUUGGCCUCGCGCCGAUGGUGGAGCGGAAAAGUGUCAUGGGCCAGUUGCUGCCGAAGCUGAACGACGGAGAACCAUGCAACGACAAAACCAGCGACUACAUCAAGAGUAAAAUCAGGGAAGAGCUCUCGCCCGAACGGACCAUCAACCUCUUCCACUGCCUAAAUGAGCUGGGGGAUGACUCCCUUGUUGUGGAGAUCAACAGUUUCAUGAGCUCAGGAGAAGAAGAGAAGAACCUGACUCCAGCCCAGUGUUCAGCUCUGGCUUACCUGCUGCUGAUGUCAGCUGAAGACCUGAAGGAGUUUGAUCUGAAGAAGUACCUGAGAUCAGAGGAAGGGCUCAACAGAAUGCUUCCUGUGGUGAAAGUCUCUAGAAGAGUUUGGCUAAAUCAGUGUCACCUGUCCAAAGCGAGCUGUCAUAAAAUGGCAUCAGCACUAGUAGGGACACCUUCCCAUCUGAGAGAACUGGACAUGAGUGACAAUGACAUGCAGGAUGAAGGAUUGGAGCUGCUGUGUGCAGGACUAAGAGAUCCACAAUGCAAGCUGGAGACACUGAAGCUCUCUGGCUGUUUAAUCACUGAAAAGGGCUGUGCUCUCUUGGCCUCUGCUCUCAAAUCAAACCCCUCCCAUCUGAAAGAGCUGGAUCUGAGCUACAAUCACCCAGGAGACUCAGCUGUCAGAGAGCUCACAGACAGACGAGAAGAUGCUAACUGCAAGCUGGAGCUUUUCAACUAUGCCAACGGAGGGAAGAUCAGGAUGAAACCAGGACUGAGAAAAUACGCACGCGAACUCACCCUGGACUCGAACACCGCCCACAAACAGCUGCGUCUAUCAGAAGGGAACAAGAGGGUGACAUGGAUGGCGGACGAUCAGCCGUAUCCCAACCACCAAGACCGCUUCAAGACCCUGCAUCAGGUUCUUUGCAUCGAAGGUCUGAUCGAAGAGCGCUUCUACUGGGAGGUCGAGUGCACCAAAGACUUCUACAUCGGCGUUACACACAAAUACGACGAUGAGGACAGUGAGUUUAAUAGCACAGUGAUUGGACACAACGUCAUGUCCUGGAGUCUGGAAUGUUCCAAGGGGCAGUACAUCGCCAGACAUGAGCAUGAACUCAAGGUGAUACCCUGCACACCCUCUAGCCAACGGAGAAUCGGUGUGUAUCUGGAUUGUCUUGCUGGAACUGUUUCUUUCUAUGUUGCAAAAGCCAACUCGUCAACCCAUCUGUACACGUUCAAAGACAACGUUUUCACAAAGCCCCUGUAUCCAGGGUUCUGGCUUAACUGGGACGCAUCCAUAUAUUUAUGUUCGAUGACGUAGUGUAGGCCUGUGAGGCACAUUAAAUGUGUUAAUGUGACGUUUGCUAUUGUUAAAAUACAAAAAAGGCUUUUGGACCAAAAAUGAUGAUUAGUUCACAAAAGUACCUUUGGUAUGUAUCUGCAUUCAAUGUGUCGGUUUUUUUUUUGGAGUGAAAUAGUCUACAGUGUUUGUUUUUGUUCCUACUGAAAAAACAAACAUAAAAGGUUUGGUCCACACUGCGAAAGGUUGUUGACAUUUAGGCUGAACAGCCAAUCAAAUUACACCCCUACUUUCUGUGCUUCUGAAGUUCUGUGUUGAUUGGCUGGGAUUGUUUAUUGCUCGAUCAAAGCCACUAUAUUUGUUACCCAUUUACUGAGCACAGUUGAAUCCAUAUAAUGCACAAGCUACAAUACUAUGGAAUUGUGGGACAUCUUUUAUUUGUUUCCUUGGCAAGUUUUACUUUGUGUUACAUUUUUUGUUUGUUUUUUUUCUUUUUGAAGGUUCAUGUUGACUGCAAAACCCACAAACUAUAACUCUGUGAAAUGAUCAUUGUAUAUACAGUAUAUGUGUGUGUGUGUGUGUGUGUGUGUGUGUGUGAGAGAGAGAGAGAGAGAGAAGGUGAAUACCUUCUUACUGCUUCGCACUGGAGUAACGGAAGAGGGGCAUUGGACUCACACACACACUAACACACACACACACACACGCCUAGUUAGGCAUUUCACUAGCCCUCUGUCCUUAUUGCCUUCUUAAUUAAGUGAUGGCAUGAGUAGUGUUUGACAUGAAGUGUGUUAUGUAUGUAUGUAAACAAUAUGUGUUGUGUGUGUAAGAGGUGUGUCAAUAGGGUAAUAUAUGGUUUUGGGUGCAUUGGUGAACUUGGUGGUGGGCUUAUGUAUAUAUUCAUCCCACUUAUUAUGUGUUCUAUAGGACUAAUGUGGGGAGGGCUACCCUACUGAAAUGGUUUGGUCCAAUUAGGGUUGAUUGGACCAAUUGAGCCCAAAGGGCAGCCUUUUUUAAUGGGUGCCCAAUUCCCGGAGAGGGAGUGUGAGAGAAGGACUACUUACCUGCUGUGGGGUGAAGUGAAUACUGUGAAUACUGUGUGUAUUGUAUUAUGUACUGUAAUGCAGUAGGCCAUAAACAGAGCAGUAUCUCAGAA